AUGCGACGACCGCUACUCGUCGCCGCAACGGUCGCGACGAUCUAUGUCGCCGUGUCCAUGGGCCCCGCCGACACAUUAACAAAAAACCUCCAAAACUGGCGCGAGCUGCGCUUCGUGCACGCCCUGUGCUGGAGCCACCUCCUGGGCGUCGCCUGCGACUGGUGCCUCGCCGAGGCCGCGCGCCUGAACGCCGUCCCGCGGCCGCGCCGCGCCGCGCGGCCCGUCGCGGAGGCGACGCUGGACCUUUUCGACAAGCGCGCGCCGUUCGUCGUCCGCGGCGCGCUCCGGGGGCCGGCCUGGACCGCGGCGUCGCUCGCGGCCAUGCCCGGCGCGAACGCGACGACCUACAGCUUCCAGUGCGCGGCGAACGUUUCGGAGCGGCUGCGCGCGGGGUCGUUCGACGGCUACGGCUGCGCGCUGGACCUGCCGCUCGCCGAGGGCCUCCGGCGCGGCUUCUACGUGCGGCAGAACAACCGGCUCCUGCGCGACUUCCCCGCGCUGGCCGACGCCGCGGGCCUGGACGAACCCUUCCUCGCCUCGCUGCGCGAGGGCAAGUUCUCGCUCCGGGGCGUCUUCAUGGGCGAAUGGGACGGCCGCGCGGACGCGGCCCCGAGCCGCGGCUCGAGCCUCCACAGCGACCUGAGCGCCAACUGGUACGCCCAGCUCGGCGGCCGCAAGACGUGGACGUUGGUCGAUCCGACGGAGAGCGCGCGGCUCCUGCCGUGCUUCGACGAGCGACCCGGCGUGCCCGCUCUGUUCUCGGGCCUCGGCUACGGCGCGGACGCGCCGCCGUCGGCGACGCCCCUGGCCGACGUGGACCGGUUGGUCGUCACGCUGGACGUCGGGGAUCUGCUCUACGUGCCGAGCUGGUGGUGGCACCAGAUCGAGAACCUUCCGGGCUUCAACGCCGCCGUGGCUUUGCGCGGCCCGCGGUCCGUCGUCGCCGCGCUGCGACCCUCGGCGCCGGCCUUCUUCGCCACCGUCGGGUCUCUGCCCGACAUCGCCGUCCAGACGCGGAACUUGCUCGCGACGCGCCUCGGCCUCCGGACCGGCUCCUUCGAGGACGCGUUCCUCAAGGACGCGGCGUCUCGUAGGGAGCUCUAG